ACAAUAGCUUUUGGGAUGGGGAUUGACAAGUCGAAUGUACGAAGAAUCAUUCACUAUGGCUGGCCACAGAGCUUGGAAGCAUAUUACCAAGAAGCAGGCCGAGCCGGAAGGGAUGGAAAAUUAGCAGAUUGCAUUCUGUAUGCAAAUUUAUCAAGAACUCCAACUCUUUUGCCAAGUAGAAGAAGUCAAGAUCAGACAAGGAAAGCAUAUGAAAUAUUGUCUGAGUGCUUCAGAUAUGGAAUGAAAAAUUCUAUAUGUAGAUCUAAACUGCUGGUAGAAUACUUUGGAGAGGAGUUUAAUCAAGAGUGCCACGUGUAUGUUGUCAUUCACUCUUUGAACCUACACUUUCUUGUAGCUAUUAUUGGAACCUCAACCCGUGUAUAUAUGAAUGCAAAGGCAUUUGUAGGGGUGAGCAAACGGCCAAGGGGGACGCUAUUAGCCUAG